CCACUACCAUCAUCAUUUCGUCCCACUCGCUCAUAUCAUCUCUUCGGCUCUGUAGACGCAAACCUUCGCGCUAGAGCUGUCGAGCUCUAGAGUGCUCUUCAUCGUCUUCGUACGCGACCCCGCGCCGCUGUUGCGGCUUUCUCGCGGCCCAAGAUGAAGGAGAUUGUGUCACACGAUGCGCCAAAGAAGAUCAAACACAUUCAAUUUGGCGUCCUCUCUCAGCAGGACAUCGUCCAGAUCUCAGAGCUGGAAUGCAUCACUAGGGAGCUGUACAAGAUCGGCGAGUCGGAGAAGACGCCCAUGAAGGGGGGCGUGUUGGAUAGAAGACUGGGUGUACCUUCGAAAGCCGGCAAUUGCGAGACGUGCGGUCUCUCUCAAGUUGACUGCGUAGGUCACUACGGCUACAUCCGCCUCGUCUUGCCCGUCUUCCAUUGGGGCUUUUUCAAGCAUACCGUAGCCAUCCUCCAAGUCAUCUGCAAGACGUGCGCUACAGUCCUCCUCGACGAGCCUACAAAGCGCAAGCACCUUCGCACCUUCCGCAAGCCCAAUCUCGAGAACCUGCAGCGUACAGCUACCUUCAAAGCUGUUAACACACAAGCUCGGAAAGUGCUCCAUUGUCCCAAGUGCAAUGCCAUCAAUGGCGUUGUCAAGAAGGCUGGACCCCUCAAGAUCGUUCAUGAGAAGUUCAGGCAGAAGAAGCUAGCAGAUGAGCGAACCGCAUUCGACAAGACAUUCGACAGGGCUCUCAAGAUGUCUGAGCAAGGAGGCGCCUACGACAUCAGACCCCAUCUUCACAAGGCGCAGGAGGAUCUCAACCCGCUCAAGGUCCUCGACCUCUUCAAGCGCAUCUCAGAUGAGGACUGUGAGCUGCUAGGUCUCAAGCCGGAGCACGGCAGGCCGGAAGAGUACAUCUGGCAGUACAUUUGUGUUCCUCCUGUCUGCAUUCGUCCGACAGUCGAGCAAGAUGGAGCGACCAACGAGGACGACUUGACCGUCAAGUUGAGCGAGAUCAUCUUCACAAACCAAGUCAUCAAGACGGGCCUGCAGCAGCGCGGCAAAGCCUCAGCGACAACACAGCUCAUGGAGCAGUGGGAUUGGCUGCAACUCUCCGUCGCCCUCUACAUCAACUCUGAGAUGCCCGGUCAACCACUCAUACCCCACGACAAGCCGAGAAGAGGCUUCUGUCAACGACUCAAGGGCAAGCAAGGUCGAUUCAGAGGCAACCUGUCAGGAAAGCGUGUCGAUUUCUCUGGUCGAACCGUCAUCUCACCCGACCCCAAUCUCAAGAUUGACGAGGUCGCCGUGCCGGAGAGGGUGGCCAAGAUCCUCACAUAUCCAGAGCGCGUCUUCGAGCACAACAUUGAGUCACUACGCAAGGCCGUCUUGAACGGCUGCGAGACACAUCCAGGUGCCAAUUACGUCACCGACUCCGAGACGGGGAUGAAGAGGUACCUCAAGUUCGGCGGAUCCGUCACCAUCGCAGCAGAGAAGCUCAAAGUGGGCGACAUCGUCGAGCGUCAUCUUCGCGACGGCGACAUUGUCCUCUUCAAUCGGCAGCCUUCCCUCCACAAGCUGUCCAUCAUGUCGCACAGGGCGAAGAUCAGGCCGUGGAGAACAUUUCGCCUCAACGAGUGUGCCUGCAACCCGUACAACGCCGACUUUGACGGUGACGAGAUGAACAUGCACGUACCGCAGACGGAGGAGGCUCGCACGGAGGCGACGGUGCUCAUGGGCGUCAAGCACAACUUGGUCACGCCUCGUAACGGAGAGCCGCUCAUCGCCGCUAUCCAGGACUUCAUCACGGCAUCCUUCCUCAUUUCACGUCGCGACCGCUUCUUCAAUCGUGCUCAAUUCACACAGGUCUGCUCUUACUUUGCAGACGCCAAUCUGCACAUCGACAUCCCUCCGCCCGCGAUCAUGAAGCCUCAGCAGCUCUGGACAGGCAAGCAAGUCUUCAGCUGCCUCAUCCGUCCCAACAAGGACGCGCCGCAGCUCGUCAACCUCGAGGCGCAGUGCAGGACCUUUGAGAAGCCCAAGGGAAGCUUCAUCAAGGAUAUGAGCCCCAAUGAUGGCUACCUGGUCAUCGUCAACUCGGAGGUCAUGUGUGGUGUGAUGGACAAGUCGACAGUAGGAGACGGCAAGAAGAACAGUGUCUUCGGAGUCAUGCUACGCGACUACGGUCCAGAUGCGGCGAUUCAAGCCAUGAACAGACUGGCAAAGACGUGUGCCCGCUGGCUUGCCAAUCAAGGCUUCUCACUAGGUAUCAACGACGUCAUGCCAGGAGACAAUCUGCGCCUCACCAAGGACAGCAAAGUCGAAGCCGCCUACCGCCAGUGUUUGGACCUGAUCGGGCAGGCGAAGCUGGGCAAGCUGGAGAACCUACCAGGAUGCAACCAAGAGCAGACGCUCGAGAACAUGAUCUCGGGUGUGUUGAGUGGAGUCCGAUCCGAUGUAGGAGAGAUCUGCAUGACGGAGCUGUCGCGUCACAACGCCCCGCUCAUCAUGGCGGUGUGUGGAUCCAAGGGGUCCAAGAUCAACGUCGCUCAAAUGGUGGCCUGCGUGGGGCAGCAGAUUAUUUCUGGUUCGCGUGUGCCCAACGGCUUCCAGGAUCGAUCGUUGCCGCACUUUGCAAAGAAGUCCAAGGAUCCGCCUUCCAAGGGAUUCGUGCGCAACAGCUUCUUCUCUGGCCUCACUCCUACCGAAUUCCUUUUCCACGCCAUCUCAGGUCGUGAAGGUCUGGUCGACACAGCCGUCAAGACAGCCGAGACGGGCUACAUGCAGCGUCGUCUAAUGAAAGCGCUUGAGGACCUGUCGACGCACUACGAUACGUCAGUACGCAACUCUACAGGCGGAGUGGUCCAAUUCACCUACGGAGACGACGGACUUGACCCUGCCGAGCUCGAAGGCAACGCUCUUCCCGUGGAGUACCACCGCUCAUGGCGCCACUCCAAAGCCGUUGUAGAGCACAAGGUGGAGCGCGGUCUUCUCCCCUACGAGAUCAGCGAGAUCGUCGAGGCAGAACUGCAGAGCCACAAGUGGACGUCGCUCACGACGGAGAAGUAUCGCGAGCAGGUGCGCGAAUUCCUCAAAGAGUACGUCGUUGACAAAGCAGGAGCCGUGCGUGAGCACUUCUCCAUGUACGGGGCUACGGAGCGUGAGGAAGAGUGGGAUGAAGACACAGACUUGACGCUCGGUGCGAAUGCAGCGCAGAGGGCUAUCGUGGACAACAAGACCAAGGUCAAGAAGAGCGCCAUCCACGAGUUCCUCCGACUCUGCUACACCAAGUACCUUCGCGCCAAGAUUGAGCCCGGCUCAGCAGUCGGAGCUGUUGGCGCCCAGUCGAUUGGUGAGCCGGGAACGCAGAUGACGCUCAAGACUUUCCACUUUGCCGGAGUUGCCUCAAUGAACGUUACGCUCGGUGUACCGCGCAUCAAGGAGAUCAUCAACGCGGCCAAGAACAUCAACACGCCCAUCAUUGACGCUACCCUCGUCAGCGAGAACAGCGAGCGUGCAGCGCGUAUCGUUAAGGGUCGAAUCGAGAAGACUUUCCUCGGCGACGUUGCAUCCGUGAUCGAAGAGGCGUGGGGUUCAGAAUAUGUUUACAUUGGCUUGCACAUCGACAUGGCUGCGAUCCACAAGCUGCAGCUCGAAGUCACUCUCGAGGACAUUGGGCGGGCGAUCAUCAACGCUCCAAAGCUCAAGAUCAAGGAGGGAGAUGUCACACUUCGCCCUCACAAGAACAGGAUCAGGGUGUACAUCUCAGCAGACAAAAAGGACGAGGAUAUCACGGCUAUCUACUACCGCUUGAAGCUGCUCAAGCGUCAGUUGCCUCAAAUCAUCAUCAAGGGUAUCCCCACGGCGACGCGCGCGGUCAUUUCUGACGACAAGGGGAAGCGCAAGCUCCUCGUUGAAGGCUAUGGGCUCAAGGAGGUCAUGACUACGGAUGGGGUUGUGGGCACCCGCACCCAGACGAACCACGUAGACGAGAUGUUCCGCCAUCUUGGCAUCGAGGCUGCGCGCACGUCCAUCUAUAAGGAGAUCGACUACACGAUGUCGUCGCACGGUAUGAGCAUCGAUCCGCGUCACGUCAUGCUCCUGGCCGACGUCAUGACGUACAAGGGCGAGGUGCUUGGUAUCACCCGCUUUGGUGUUGCCAAGAUGAAGGACAGUGUACUGAUGCUGGCCUCCUUUGAGAAGACGACGGACCAUCUCUUCGAUGCGGCGCUGUAUGGCAAGAAGGACGAUGUAGCGGGAGUGAGUGAGAGUAUCAUCAUGGGUGGACCGAGCAGGGGUGUGGGGACGGGUAUGGUCACCCUAACUAGUUUGAAGCCACCGCUGGCCAAGAGGAGAGAGUUGGUAUUUGAUGCGGAGAAGAAUGAGAAGUAGGCGCGGCGCACACGACGCGAUUUCUUUUCAGUCUAUCAUGACCAAUGUAGAUUGUCACAUUCAAAG